GAAAAUGGUAGAUGGGGAGGCAGAGGAAGAGGAGCAGGAGGAGGAGGAGAAGAAGGAGGAGGAGAAGGAGGAGGAGGAGGAGGAGGAGGAGGAGGAGGAGGAGGAGGAGGAGGAGGAGGAGGAGGAGGAGGAGGAGGAGGAGGAGGAGGAGGAGGAGGAGGAGGAGGAGGAGGAGGAGGAGGUAGAGGGGGAGAGGACGAGCAGCAUCAGCAGCAACAGCAGCAGCAGCAUCAGCAGCACGAUCACCACCAGCAGCCGCAGCAACAACAGCAGCUGAAGCAAGGGGAGGAGCACCAUGGCAGAGGCGGCAUGAUCGAUCUCAACUC